AUGCUGAUGCACCUAGUUCAAGAAUACCGGGAGAAAGCCCGGAGGUGCCAGAGCGGCUAUGAGGAGGCCCAGAGAAGGUACAUGGCCGCCGAGGCGAAGUACCAAGCCUCCGAAGAGAAGUACCAGGCCUCUGAGGCCGAACAACGGGUGCUCCAAGAGAAGGUCGGAGCAUCCGAUGAAAGGAUUCGAGCUCUGACCGCCGAGCUCGAUGAAGAGAAGGGCGCGCACGCAUUGGCAAGAUCCGAGCUGCGCGCCGCGGAGGCUCGAUUGGCUAAGGCCGAGCAGGCAUUGGCCUCCCGCGAGCAGGAGGUGGGAAAUGCCCGCCUCCGACAUUCGAAGCUCGAGCAGGAGCUGAGGGGCCUCGAGCGGAGAGCCGCUUACCACGAGGCCCGGGAGAUAGAGGCCCGGGAGAACGCCCAAAACGCAGUGAAGCUCUUCCGUGAGUCGGAAGAGUUUCACGAACUCAUGGCUGAGGAGGGCGUGAAUGGGCUGAUCCAAGGCUUCCGGGAUUUCCGCAAUCAGUUGCGGCGGCUUCUCCCAGAUUUUGAUGUUAACCUGCUCCAGCCGGGAGCAGGGAGGGCGGAGGCAGAAGCAGAAACCCCGGAGGCGGAGGCAGAAACUUCGGGGGCCGAGGCGGCCGCAGCUAUCCCCGAAGUGACCGAGGUUGCCCCCGAGGUCGCCCCCGAGGCUACUCCUAUUGUCGCCGAGGCCAUCGAAGAGGUCCCGGCAGCCGAGCCAACCACUCCUAGUACUGCCGAGGCCGAGGUGGUCGAGCUUGAGCCUCCGAUGUAA